AGCAGUAAACCCAAGGGACAACCAUCCAUCACUCCUCGACGUUUCACCCGCUUCUUUACUCCCAUCACAUCACGGUCAUCCACAAACUCAAAGUCCAACAAGAGACUCAAGGACAUCACCAAGAACGCCGUCAACCAAGUCAAGUUCAAUGGCUUCCACGACCUUCCCCAAUUCGAGACUCCCCGCAAGAAGAGAAAGAUCCUACCUACUCCCGAUAGCUCGCCCGUUCAGCCCCUAGACUCUUCACCCUUGAGGCCGCUCGACUACCACCCUUCCAAUCUCUCUCACUAUCAGCGUUAUGACUUCGAAGCUUCGGAUAUCGACGAAGAGGACCAAGACGAAGACGAAGAAGAAAAAUACAUCCCAACUCCCAUCACACGCUUACAAAACACCCGAACGAAUAGCCGUAUCUUGCAACGAAGCUUUGGUGGCUCAAGGAGCAUCGGCCGUGGCAGAAUCUACGACCACUGCGUCCCCGACUGGCGUGCCCAGACUGCCGACUUCUACUCCCGUCCUGACGACUGCCACAGCUACCGUGGUGAUGCUUUGCCUUUCUGCGUGACUCGCUGCAACACAAACCCUCUCGUCGCUAUCGGUGAUGAAGAGGGCGGUGUAAGGCUCAUAGACUCGUCUCACUCGGACAACUCCUUCUCUCAGCACCACAUUGGAUUCAAACCCCACCGCAAUGCCAUUAUGGACAUGGCCUUCUCCUCGGAUGACUAUUUGUUCGCUACUGGUUCUGGAGAUCAGACUGCCCGCAUCGUAGACAUGCACACUCAACAAACACGCUACAUCAUGCGCGCCCACACAUCAUCCGUGAAGCAGGUUCGUUUCCAGCCUGGGAACGACAGCAUUGUCGCCACUUCGAGUCGUGACGGCAGUGUUAUGAUCUGGGACUUGCGCUGUCGCGGUCAGGACGUGCCCGUUGCUGAGUUUGCUGUCAGCUUUGAAUCUGGCAACGGCAUGGUGAACGUCCCUCGCCCUCAUAGCAACACCGUCACAUAUUCUCCUUGUGUCAACAGCAUGCGUGAUGCUCAUGGCGUGCAGCACGAACGUUCCGACGUCUCUAUCACUGCUCUAUCCUUCCUGCCUGACUCACGCUCGCAUUUGCUGAUAACUGCAACCGAAGCAAACGCCAGCAUCAAGCUAUGGGAUCUGCGAGGCAAAUACACAUCUCGCCGAGGCGGCCCUUCACGUCUCAGCUCAGUUCCCGUAUCGAGCACUCGUGAGCCAGAAGCUCACAUCAAGCACCGUCAGUUCGGCAUUAGUAGUCUGUCCCUGAGCGGUGAUGGUAGCCGCUUCUAUGCCCUAUGCCGCGAUAGCACUGUUUAUGCUUAUUCAACCAACCACCUCAUCCUAGGCUCUGCUCCCGAGUAUGAAGCCUCCACCGACACACAGGCUUCAAAAUGGUUCCGACCUCGACAAGGCCUUACUGGUAUUGGACCCCUGUACGGUUUCCGUCACCCCAUGUUCAAGUCAACAUCUUUCUACGUAAAGUCCGCCUUGCGUCCCGCUACUUUGUCCCAGCCUGAGAUGCUUGCUGUCGGUAGUCGUGAGGGUUGUGCCGUCCUGUUCCCCACAGACGAGUCCCUUUUGCAAAAGAAGCAAUACCAGCAGCCUAGCUCAGGCACCUCUACACCUGCUGGCGACCGUGAUGAAGGCUCUGGUUUCCGUUCACGGAUCGGAUCCAUGGGUAAACAUCAAGAUACCUCGCUUCCUAUCUACACUCAAGGCACUGCCUUGAUCCGAGCUCAUGGUACGUCCGAAGUCACAAGCUUGGCAUGGAGCACUGAAGGCGAACUUGUCACACUGGGUGACAACUUUACAGCAAGAUGUUGGAGGGAGAAGGACCGAGACGCUGCAAGAGACAUGAGACUUUGCGGUGAGGGUCAAGGUGCUCGCUGGGGCUGGGGAUGGUCAGAUGUCGAAGGUUACGACGAGGAAGAA